AUGGACGAACAAACGUCUAUCGCUGAGCUGUCCAGUCGAGAACUGCCACUUCCAUUAGAUCUGCAAGUCAUCAGAGGCUACAACUCACCGACUGCAGCGUCCGACGUGCUGCCAUCACUCGAUACAGGCAGUCUCAUUCGUGUUCAUUUCUUCAGAGAUGAGACGAUCGUCACGGGGCAAUCAGAGCGAGGAGACCACAAACUGACGAUUACACUAAACUGCGAGGAGCUCUUUGAGCUCUUGCCUUCUAGACCGGAGUUGGACGACGUGCGGUACGAGACCGCCGGGCACGUCGGAGCUGCUCGCCCCAGACCAGAAACGGUCCGGGCAACUCAAAGCUGGCAAGGAGACAACGACGAAAUCCAAGGAAACGACGAGCUAGAAAACAUAGAAGCAAUCGAGAACGACGUGCUGGGACGCUAUUUGUCUGCAAUUAGGAUUGUAGAGGGACGAGACGGUAUUUCGAAGGAGCACAUCUGUAUUCCGUACAACACGCCUCUCACAUUCACAACCAGAGCAAACCCUCGCAAGCGUUACAGACUCGUUGACCUAGUACGGAGGAAUCACUCUUUACCCCAGCGUGUGCGUGUCCACAGUCACAGAGUGAUCCACACCGGACUACCCCCCGUCCCUGUGAAAGCUAAGCUGCUAAAGGUUGCGACUCAACAAGUAGCGGUUUGCAGUGAUCUAGCAGACGGGCGUGUGUUCAUCCUACCAGCCAAUUUGGAAGGCGUUCUUCUACGCGUGCAACGUAUGGACAGCUGGGGCGACUAUUCCCCACCCAUCAGACCGUGGAUGGAUGUCAGUUUUCUUCCACGCGUCGGGCCGGAGCCGUUGGACGACCUGUUCGGACCUAAGAGUGUCGUCGCGUCGCAAAAGACAAGAAUACGCGAUUUGCACAUGGCUGUGCUGAUACCCAACUGUCCGGUACCUACUGAUGAUCAAGACUCGACAAACUACAAAUCGUUUACUUCGUGCGAGAACACAAAGACUAGAGAGAAAGGCUGCAGGAGGCGACCAGUUGACAGCGUUCAGAACGACGACGCCAGCCCUUUGUCCAAACAUUGCACUUUGCAUGCAGCCCUGGCCGCCCUUCAGUGUCUGGUCCCUAGAAAGACAACAGGAGACGAACCUGGCACGCAGACUGGCUUGAACGAAUACGAAGGAAAUAUCUACGCUGAAGUAAUACUUUCACAAGAAGACUAUCCGGCUUCAGAUUCCGAGCAAUUGUACGUGCCCAUGUACCCAGCUGGACAGUGCCCUGACGACGUCUACGACUAUGCUUACUCUCAGACUGAAAACAUAGGUCCCGGUUCACGGAAACCCGCAAGUAUACUCAAACCGUCGCCAGAGUCCCCCGCGUUUGACAUAAAGAAGCAACCACAUCGGACGUCGACAGAGCUUGAGAAUCAAAUCGACAAUCUGAGACUGGAGAAUGAAAGGCUAUGUCGCGAGAUUACUCGCAUUAUCGAUCAAAUGACAGUCAUGCAGACCCACGUAGAACAAGUUGAUGAAAAACUCAGGAUUACUGAAAUCGAUCAGGCGGUCAUGAGACGACAUCUGGAGUCUUUGAGUAGCGCACAGAUAGCCAGAUUGCUUGACAACGUCGGUAUGGGUCAGUACAAGAAGCAGUUUGUCAAGGUAGGCAUUCAGGGUUACAAGCUGGGAGACUGCGACGUGUCGUAUCUUCAAGAUAUUGGUAUGCCACUCAUGCAUGCAUCAAAGCUUUUGACUAUCCUACGAGGGAGGCUGCCUCCUGGUACACAGUGGGAGAAUUUGAUUUGAUAAAUUCAAUGUUGGAUCGCUAUAUGAACUCGAACACUAAAAAUUAAGACAUUGUCGUAUUAGAAGAGUAUUAGUUCUAAUAGUAUUUUCAGUGAUUUGAUUAGCAAAUGAGCAAAUUAAGGAAUCUUGAUUUAGAUGAUGCUAUUUUGUGAAUAAAAAUUGUUUACAGAAUGAAA